AUGAAGGUGCCUCUUAAACUUUUGAAGUUCGUUCAACAAUGCCGUUGGCUGGCAAAGCAGGCGAGCAACCGGCAGCGCAACGAGACCGACAUACGACAAAUCCUCGUGAGAUGCGCACGCCGGUAUCCUGGUCGUGGCCUUUACUACGUUGCCAGCGUAUCAGGAAUAGAAAACCCUACUUUCACGACCUAUAUGGAACUUCUCAACCGGGCGGUUCUCAUCUCCAGCUUUCUGAAAGCGAAAGGUCUAUCUCCCGGUCGUGUAAUAGUUCUCUACUUUAACAACCACCAGGACAACAUCGAAUAUUUUUGGGGGGCAUUGUUUGCGGGCUUGUUGCCCUGCGUGCUAGGGCCUCUCAACCCCAGCGUGCCAGGAAAGAAUAGCAAGAUGGUCUCCUACCUCCACCGCCUGUUGAACAAGCCAAUAUUUCUCACACGCCAAUCACAAUGCGCUGACCUUACCAAAAUGACCGAAGAAGAUACACUCGACGUCCUUACUGCCGACGAACUCGAAUCUAAGGUAGCUGUCAUGACGAAGAGAACGCAUUCGCAUAGACAAAAUGGCGGAUCCGCGUACGACACGACUUUGCUUCUUCUUACCUCCGGCUCGACUGGCAUGCCCAAGGCUGUGGAGCUGACACACGGCAACAUUUUCGCCGCAUCGCAAGCUAAAACGGCCUCUUACAACCUUAAAUGUGAUGAUACGGUGCUCAAUUGGGUUGGGUUCGACCAUGUGGCAUGCGCCGUUGAGAAUCAUAUAACCCCCAUGUGCGUGGGAGCAAAUCAAGUGCACGUCCUGGCUCCCCUGCUUAUCAACGAUGUCGGCUCUUUUUUCAAAAUGAUUGAGCAUUAUGGUAUUACCCUGACAUUUGCCCCAAAUUUCCUUCUUGCAAAGAUGAACGCUUGUCUGCGAGAGAAUAUGGAGCAAUAUCGAGGAAAGCUCGAUUUAUCUGUUUUGCGACGGAUCAACUCUGGCGGGGAGGCAAAUGUGGUAGAAACAGGUCAGCAGCUACUGGAAGCGUUGGAGAAGGCCGAUGCACGUUUUGCCGGGUGCAUUACACCUGGAUUUGGCAUGACCGAAACCUGUGCUGGAUGCAUAUACAAUCUUGGCUACCCGUUUGUUGAUGCUGGCAGAGAACUGGCUAGUGUUGGCCGCUGCGUGAAAGGAGUUCAGAUGCGCAUUGUGGACAAGGAUGGGAAGGAGACAUCAUCAGGGAGAGUCGGAGCGCUACAGAUUCGCGGCCGUAUGGUUUUCAAAGGAUAUUUCAACAAUCCUGUCGCCACUCGCGGAUCGUUUACCGAUGGCUGGUUCAAAACCGGGGAUUGCGGGUUUGUAGUAGAUGGAGUACUUACAUUGACCGGUAGAGCCAAUGAUAGUAUUAUCGUAAACGGCAUCAACUACGGCACAUCCGAACUUGAGAGACACCUGGAGAGUGUCCCGGGCAUCACAAAGUCAUUUGUGGCUGUCCUUACAACUCGCCCGCCAGGUUCAGGUCACGAACAUUUGGCCAUCGUUUACCUUCCCUCAUUUGCCUAUCCCGACGACGAAGAGACCCUAGUAAAAACCCACGCUGCUAUCCGUGAGCGCACUGUACUAUAUUGCUCCAAAGUCCCCGAAAUCAUCCUUCCAUUGCCACAAAAAGCUAUGGAAAAAACAUCACUCGGCAAGCUCCCUCGUGGCCAACUACGGAAGCAGUUGGAAGGAGGUGGCUUUGAUUGCCAUCUGUCAAAGGUUGAAGAAAUCUUGGCAAAACGACGACAGGUUCUGAAAGCAUCACCGGCAACCCCAGCUGAAAGUACUCUGGCGACAUUUUGGAGCCAUAUUUUCGGGGUUCCUCAAGAAAGCUUGGACGCGGAGGAGAACUUUUUUGAGCGUGGCGGUUCGUCUCUGGAAGUAAUAAGAUACAAGUCCAUGAUCGUUGAGCAUUUCAGCCUUGACGACAACUGGCCUGUCAUAAGGAUCAUGCAAUAUCCGACCAUCCGCAGCUUGGCUCAUCAUCUUACAUCGGAGACGCAGUUCGCUGAGAAUGUAAAACCAAAUUCAAAUUACGAUCCCCUCAUAUGUUUGCAACCAACCGGCUCCAGGACACCUAUCUUCUUUAUCCAUCCUGGAGUGGGAGAGGUUCUCAUUUUUGUCAACCUGGCAAAGUAUUUUAUCAAUGAACGCCCUUUCUAUGCUCUUCGUGCCCGAGGAUUCGACGAGGGUCAGACCUAUUUUGAAUCAAUGGAGGAAAUGGUUGAGACGUACACACGCGCAAUUGAGCGGAAGCAACCUCAUGGGCCGUAUGCCCUUGCAGGAUACUCUUACGGAGGUGUUGUAGCAUUUGAGAUAGCAAAAAAACUCGAAGCCCGAAAUGCAGAGGUCAAGUUCGUUGGACUGGUGAACAUCCCCCCUCAUAUCAAGUCCAGAAUGUUGGAGAUCAAUUGGACAGAUGGCUUCCUUAAUCUCUCAUACUUUUUAGAAUUCAUUACAAAAGCGGAGGCAAAGGAGCUCGCUAGCCAGCUUCUCCCACUGUCUCGCCGCGAGCAACUAGACUACGUGUGGCAUCGUGCCCCAAAGGCUCGAAGAGCGGAGCUAGGUCUCGAUGUGGAACGCCUGGAAAAGUGGGUUGAUCUCGCCCAAUCGCUGCUUGCCUGCGGUCGCGCUUAUGAACCCUCGGGAAUGGUUCGCGGCUGCGACUUGACUGUAUUCUAUGCGGAGCCUCUUAAGGGAACAAAGACGGAUUGGUUGGUGAACCAAUUACAGGACUGGGCGAACUAUGCCCAACAAAACGUUCAGUAUGUUGAGGUGCCAGGGUCCCAUUAUACGUUAAUGAAUCAACUAUACGUAGGACACUUUCAAAAAAUUUUUAAAGAUAGCUUGGCUAAAGCUGGUCUUUAA